GCACGCUCAUGCUGCACGCUGCUCCACGCGCGCACGAAACGAAAUAUAAUCCAAAGUUAUCUCUCUCUAGUGUCUCGCCAUCUAUGCAUGGCGGACGAAAUGAGCGACCAUGAGGGGUUUGAGAUGCUGGACGAAACCUUUGGCGUCCGAGAAGCGAGCGAGGCUUCGGACUCGGAAACUUUUCCAAACUCUCCGGUUCAACUUGAUCGCACCGGCUCUCUCGACAACGAUGGCCAACAUCACCUUCACAGCUGUGAGGGGGGCAUGGUAGCAGGUGGUUUGCCGUCCAAGAGGCACGCGACACAGGCUCCGGGUGAAGGGACCGUUCCACAGACAGAGAAGAGCAAGCAGCCUUCAGCUUCCCCCGUUGUGAGGGGCGAGCGAGGCGCAGGCUGGACGAACGAGUCAGGAAAAGGCGGGGUGGCCGGUGAUGUGGCGUCGUUGCAGGCAAGAGCUGAAGGAAGGGGGGCCCUUGUGACCAGUAAAGAGGUCCCAGAAGCAGCACCGGCAGCAACGCUGACAUUCGGCGACUUCCCCGCGAUAUCCACGGCAGAAAGCAGCCACUCUGCCGGCGUGUCCCUCCAAGCUCCUCCGGCGCGUGAUCAGCCUGCUAGACUAGAGGCGGCGUCCGCGGCGCCGUUCGGUUCGCAGCGUGAAGCUGCUUCGCCGCCGCCGCCGCCGACAAGCGCGGCCGCCUUUCCUGCUCACCACCACCCUCCUGUUGCCCGCACCACUCCUCCGGCGACAACAAACGACGGUGCUGCUGCUGCUGCCCGGGCGACGCCUAGUGUCGUGCCGCCAGCGGCCCUGUCUUUCGGCCACGAGAGCGAUAGGCCCGACAGCUACGGCUCGGCUUCGCCGGCGGCAGCAGCAGCAGACGAGGAAGCGAUUUUCGAGCUGGUGGGGAUGGGCUUCGACCGCGAGCAUGUGGUGCGGGCGCUCAAGGAGUGCGGGCGUGGGGAGUCGUGGAAAGAGGCCGCGAUAUCGUUGCUGCUGGAACCUCAGGUGUCGUCACUUGCUGAGGCGGAGGAAGGGCUGAGCGGGACUGGGCGCCAAGGAGCAGCUGCGAUGCAAGGGUUUGCCGACGCCGCGCCUGCGGCCAGCCAAUCACCGUGCCCGGUCUGCUUUGAGGACAUCCAGGCGGGGGAGGUGUUCACGGUGGACUGCGAGGAACAGCACACUUUCUGCGUCGAUUGUCUCCACCAUCAUUGCAGAGUGCAGCUGCUAGAUUCUGCACUCAUCCCAGCGUGUCCGCUCUCGACCAUGAAGUGCGGCCACGAGCUCGGCCAAGAGGAAGUCGAGCGGGUGUUUCUCCUGAAGAGCUACUCUUCCGCCAGCGCUGGCGGCAAGGACGGCGGCGAAACCACGGGCGCAUCGGAGGAGGACAGGCGGGCUUUGGACACCUGCCGUAACCUGCUGACGCGAAGGGGGCUAGAGUCGACCGGGGCGAUCCCGUGCGCCAGCCCAGAGUGCGGCAACUGGAUGGUGCCGGAGGGGGGCGGGCAACGCGUCAAGUGCGCGUCCUGCUUGGUCGAGUUCUGCAGCAGGUGCAAGCGCUCUCCGUACCACUACGCGGCCGAGUGCGACGAGGUCGUCCGCCUGUCCCGGGAGUGGUCCCACUGGCUCUCCGAGGGCAAGGCGGCCUUCCUCGGGGCCAUGGCGGCGCAGGAGGACCAGCACAGGGCCCUGCUGGACAGGCACAACAGGAGGAAGGAAGAGCAUGACCGCGCGGUCAAGGAGGCGGAGCGCGUGCGGCUUGAGUACGAGCGGAUGGAGGAGUGGAAGGAACAGCGGUGCCGGUGCUGCCCUCGCUGCGGCAGGACCAUCGAGAAGCUCAGCGGUUGCGACUCGAUGGUGUGCGGCGUCGACACUCAUGGCGGGAAUGUUCAGAAUGGCUGCGGCAAGAGCUUCUUGUGGAGUCAAGCACGGCCCUACCGAGGCGAUCGGGGAGAGUGCAAGGUAACGCCGUUCACCGAACAAGAGCCGGCGGCGGCGGCUCGCUCGAGGCACUUCAUCGCCGACGGGAUCGCGCUCCGGUGCGAUCGCUGCCACCGGGACGUUGUCGGCCCCCUCUUCCGCUGCGUGCACUGCCCAUCGUUCGCCUGCUGCCUGGAGUGUCAGGACAUCGCCAGCAACGACCCACGCCACGUGCAUCACAUCUUUCGUUUGGUGAACGGAGAUACGGAGCAGAAUGCAUCCUCGCCGGAAUCAGGAGCAGCAGCAGCAGCAGCAGCAGCAGCAGCAUCAAGAGUGGCGGCUCCACCAGACGCAGCAGCAAGGAAUAUUGGGCAGAGGACGCGGCUGCGGCCGUAGCGGUAGCAGAGGGCACGGUAUGGUUGACAUGGAUGUCAAGCGACCUUUGGUGUGAAAAUACCUCUGCGAGUUGGGAAGCUUUGCAUCAGGUUGAACUCAAUGCACGUGCUUAGCACGGGGAUGGGUCGCACGAAGGGAAGUGGGGCGGCACCGCAAUAACCACCGCAGCAGUAGAUCAGCUCGUUUGAUAUGUUGGGUCAAUCGCGCUGUGGGAGCUGGGUCUGCGUUCGGCACGUCGACGACCGGGGCCACUCAUGUCGCCGCCCCUUGACAGCAAGGGCGGGCCGCUUUUUGUUGGGCCGGACCCCGCUUGUCGGCACUGUACAUUGUGAGGGGGGGGGGAGUGUGGGGUCGCGGGGAAUGAUGUACAUUCCUCUUGAGGUUGUCUCUCAUACGCAUAUGGUGUGGAGAAGAUGAGGAAGAGUGUCAAUGUUUUGCUGCAUGUGGCGAUUGAGAUCUUGAGUGUUGUCACAGCGUGCGCGCUAGCUGUUGGCGAUGAUGUGCUACACAGCAGUUGGCAAGUGUGUGUUUUGCAGUUAUUGCCUGGAGGGAGAAAAAGAAAAGAAGGUCUUCGUAGCACUACUCCCUUGACUACGGGUGGGUCUUUCCUGUGACAAGCUGUUGGCACCGAAUUCACGUCAUGUUUGUUCCUUCGAUUUGCCGCCGGGCUACAUGGAAACAUUUGUGGGAUGGAUCCCUGGGCUUGAUUCAGUUUGGUUUUAUUUUAGUGUUCCUCCGUGGUGUAUCUAUCCUGUGCCCGCGGGGUACCAUGGGUACUGUGUCGUUUGGUACUGUAGCUCGACGUGGUACUCAUAAGCAGAGUACCCUUGCAGAGAGUCUCGAGAACCAAAGUAAAAACGCUUGUAUCAUACAGUACGACAAACCGCGUGUGCGAG